CGCUCACCAAGACUCUGAACAAGCGCGUUCCCGAGCCUGUGACUAUUCUCGGCCGCCCAUUGGUCAUCUGGUUCGAUCAGGUGUCCGACCAAUGGCGGGUCUUCCAUGACCUCUGUCCUCACAGGCUAGCCCCGCUAUCAGAGGGGCGGAUCCACGAGUCAGGGCAGCUGCAGUGCUCCUACCACGGAUGGACGUUCUCAGGAGAAGGCUCGUGUGGGUUCAUUCCCCAGGCUCCCACGAACGGACCAGCGGUGAACGCCUCCCCUCGAGCAUGUGCGCGUGUGUAUCCCAGUCGGGUGCAUCAAGGCAUCAUCUGGUUCUGGCCGGACUGCUCCCCCUCCGCUGCUGCUGAAGCGGCUGCUGCACCGCCUCCCCCUUCUCUCCCUGAGUUUGACGAUCCGAGCUUUCGAUACGACACUGGCAUGGCAGACCUUGAAUAUGGCUACGAGAUGCUGAUGGAGAAUCUUCUGGACCCAGCACAUGUGCCCUUCGCCCAUCAUAAGUACCAGGGCGAUCGCAACAAGGCGAAGCCACUGCCGUCCAUGGUGGUAACCAGCAUCACCCCACGGGGCAUUGAGGGAACAAGCUUUUCGGACGGCCCAGCUGCUAUGGUGCCGCCCUGCACGCUCAUUCAGGAGCUGUAUAUUGGGGGGAAAGUGCCGGAGGGGUCGGGCAAGAAGCAAAAGACGGUGAUUCUCUUCUUCCACUGCAUUCCCCGCCUGCCCGGGCAGAGCCGCCUCAUCUGGUUCUUCCUCAACAAUGUCCUCCCGCCCUGGGUGCCCAUGCCCCCCGAGUGGUUUGUGCACCUGACUCGCAUGAAAGUGCUCGACACCGACCACCCCUUGCUGCACCUCACGGAGCGGCGGCUGGAGGAGGAGGGAGGGGCGGUGCAGGGAAUAAAGAGCUACUACACUCCCACGUCGGCCGACUCGUUUGUCUCGGCGUAUCGCUCCUGGCUGACCAGAUUUGCGGGCAGCAAGGCCCGUUUCCCCGCCUAUGUGGAUCCGAAGCUCCCCCCGGCCAAGUCAAGGCGGGAGAUUCUUGACAGGCAGCGCUUCCACGUGCGGCUGUGCCCCGACUGCCAGCGAGUGCAGUGCUGGUCCGACCGUCUCCGCAUCGCCCUCUGGGCUGCCGCCCUCCUCCUCCUCGCCGCCACCGCCUUGCUUCCCCUCGCCCCACCUGCUGUUCGGCAAGCUGCGGGCCCCACUGGUGCUGUUUUUUUAGCGGCGGCUGCGGUGGUGUGUGCUGCGGUUGCGCACUGGUUGAAGGGGUUUAUUGAGAAGAACUAUGUGUAUGAAGACUUUGUGCAUGCACUCUGGUACCCCGCGAAGAAAUGA